AUGUCUGGCAUGUUUAUAUUCCACAAGAGAUAUGCCUUUUUGGCGAAUCUACCGUUGCGUCAUCACACUUGCUGCUUGCCUUGCUUCCCUCCCAUUCGAGUGGCUAAUCCCACUCUAGCCUCCUGUCCGGAUCUGCCUCAUCUGCCCGUAGGUCCGUUCCUUAUCUUUCCGGUUGACCGAUUUCACUCGGUUCCAGCCUCAGUGCUAUUUCUCAAGCCUUCAGCAGCACGUACAAAGUCACCAUAUUUUCAGAGCUCAUAG